GGAGCUUCAUUGAUACUGUUGUAAUUUCCGUAGUCUCUUUUUUGGUUUCAUGUUGAAGCGCUCUUGAACACAGCGCCAUUCUCACAAGCUUCGCUCAAAAUGGUAGUAGCUUCACCUUUUACUGCAUCUCUCACUUUCUCUGUCGCUUCGCUCAAUCGAACGUCAUCCAUUCCUCAACUUUCUCGAAGAAAUUCACACAGGUCCAUAGUCUCUGCUUUGCCGAGGCCUUAUGGCGACCCCUCCACAAUUGGAUUAUCGAGUAAAACAAAUGGGGCUCCUCUAAAUCUUGACGAUAAAGACUUUCUUCUCACCAGUACAAGUUAUGGACCUAUAGAGGCUAGGAAAGGUAAUCCACCCAUUAUGCCUGCUGUGAUGACACCAGGAGGGCCAUUGGAUCUCUCUUCUGUGUUAUUUAGGAACCGUAUUAUAUUUAUUGGUCAACCUGUCAACUCGACCGUGGCACAGCGAGUUAUAUCACAGCUUGUGACUCUAGCAACAAUUGAUGAGGAUGCAGAUAUUCUGGUAUAUCUGAAUUGCCCUGGUGGAAGUACAUACUCAGUAUUAGCAAUUUAUGAUUGUAUGUCUUGGAUAAAGCCUAAGGUUGGCACAGUGUGCUUUGGAGUUGCUGCAAGUCAAGGGGCUCUUCUCCUUGCAGGUGGAGAAAAGGGAAUGCGCUAUGCCAUGCCAAAUUCUCGAAUUAUGAUUCAUCAGCCACAGAGUGGAUGUGGGGGUCAUGUAGAGGAUGUUAGACGUCAAGUCAAUGAAGCAGUUCAAUCACGCCAUAAAGUUGACAUGAUGUAUGCUGCAUUUACUGGCCAAUCUAUAGAGAAAGUACAACAAUACACUGAGAGGGAUCGAUUUUUGUCAGUUUCCGAGGCUUUAGAGUUUGGGCUUAUUGACGGUGUGCUGGAAACAGAAUACUGAGCUAUGAUUUGGGGAAGAUGAAAUGAUAAUCAGCCACACGUGAUCUAAUUAUGCAAGAAUUUGACUUCUGAAUGGGGAAUUUAUUUCAGUCUGUGGAAUCGUCAUCUCCAAGCAUCAAAGUCUCGGUCCGAAUAGCAGCCAUCGUUCCACUGGCAAUCAAUGAUUAAGAUCUAGCAAUAGAGAACACGAUGAUAUGAUUCCUAUUAUUUGCAGCCAAGUAGAUUCUUAAUCUCAGAAAACUGUACUCUUCUUGAACUGUUACAUUGUCCAAAGCUUGUGAACAUUAAGAAUUCAUCCUGAUAGCCAUCUUGAAAAAUAGAGUAUACUCCAGAAGCAGGUUUGAAAGCUGCUCUCAAAUUUAA